CAUUGAUAUAGAACUCAGUGUAAAAUAUACAGUUUUUGAUGAUGUGAUGACGAUAUAACUCCUGAUGACUAAAAGUGUCGAGAAACGCGAUCUUUGUCUGCUGGGAAAAAUGUGAAACCUGCUGCUGAAACACCAGCUCAUAUCUUCCUCGGAAAACUCACGUGGAACUGAACAGAUAAAGCUGUACCUGUAUCACAACACACAUCUAUCAAAAUGCCACAGCGGGACGGAAUUGUGAAACCGAAAACCAAACGGUCCAAAAGGUUUCUUCAAAGCAGAGAAGCCAAACUAAUAGAAAAUGUAAAAAAUGCCAUGAUAAUGAAAGGUGGAAACACAAGUGAAACAGUCACACAAGCCCUGAAGGAUAUUUAUUCCCUGAAGAAACCAAAUGCUGUUAUGUACAAAAAGAAAAAUAUAACACGCCCAUUUGAAGAUCAGACAUCAUUGGAAUUCUUUUCCAAGAAAGCCGAUUGCUCUUUGUUUUUAUUUGGCUCACACAACAAGAAACGACCAAAUAACCUCAUUUUUGGUCGCAUGUUUGAUUUCCACGUGCUGGAUAUGAUUGAGCUUGGCAUUGAGAAAUUUGCUUCUCUAAAACAAAUAAAGAAGAACACGUGCCCGGAAGGUACCAAGCCGCUGUUGGUGUUCUCUGGGGAGGCCUUCAACACCGACAACGAGUACAAACGCCUGCAGAGCGUUCUCACAGACUUCUUCAGAGGGCCGAGCGUACCCUCUGUUCGCUUGGCCGGGCUGGAACACCUGCUCCACUUCACGGCUCUCGAGGGGAAAAUCUACAUGCGCAGUUACACAGUUCUGUUGAAGAAGUCAGGGUGUCGGACACCAAGGAUUGAGCUGGAGGAGAUGGGCCCGUCAUUUGAUUUCACCCUGAGGAGGACACACCUUGCCUCUGAUGACCUAUACAAGACUGCACACCGGCAACCCAAGGCCCUAAAGCCAAAGAAGAAAAAGAACGUUUCCCACGAUGCUUUUGGCACCAAGUUUGGUCGACUCCAUAUGCAGAAGCAGAACCUGGCUAAGCUGCAGACGCGCAAGAUGAAGGGUCUGAGGAAGAGGAGAGGGGAAACUGUUGAGGGAGAGGAGUCGUCUCUGAAAAAAACUAAAAUGGAUGAGUGAAGGCAGAUCGGGCCUCAGCAUUGGUUUGGAGUCAUGGCAAAAAUGCUGCAUUUUGGGAUGCCAAUGACUGAGGAAUUUGGUGUGGCUUCUUUCCCACUUAUGUUGCAGCAAAGAUUAACAGUGUUGGCUUUGGAGUGUGAGGGACUGUGGGAUGUUCUGAAAGCUGUCUUUUACUUUUGUAUAACGGAAUAAUAAUGAUGUCAUCAAUGCUGGCACACUGGAAUUACAUGCUGAAAUGUAUUAAAACAUGCCUGGUUUUCACAUAAA